AUGAUAGAAAGGGCUGUUAGGCAGUAUGUGGAUCUUGCAGCUGAUGUAAGUCGUAAAAUGCAAGUUCUUGAGGAUGAGAUUGCUAUUCUGAAGAAGGCAGUAGUAAACGUCCCUGGGGGUGGUGGCUCGUCCAAAUCAAAACUGCCAGAGCCAAAGUCAUUUGGUGGUACAAGAAAUAGUUUGGUUGAUUUUAAGACAAUGACACGAGAUGAGACUAUUCUUGUCCCUUUGAGAUUUAAAACCAGGGAUAAGAAGGUUGGAAAAAGUAAGAAAAAUAAGCUUGGUAGGGGUAGAUUCAAGCUUUUGAUUGACAAGAGUAAAGCCAAGCAAGCAGAUGUGUCGAGGAAAGAAACCAAACUGAAUGCUGAAUGUUUCAUAUGUGGAGGGCCGCAUUAUGCUAGGGAAUGUCCAAAAAGAGAAAAAUUAAAUGCCAUUUUGGGACAGUUAGGUGUUGUGGAUACUUUAAUGUAUGUAAAAAUUAGAGUGAAUGACAAGGAAAUUAUUGCCAUGUUAGAUUCCGGUGUUAUGAACACCUUUGUUGCUGACAAGUUGGUGGCACAGUUAGGUCUGCAAUUGAGUAAUAGUCAGACAACAAUAAAGACAGUGAAUGCAAAGGCACGAUGGAUAAUGAGAACUACUUAUGGUGUACCCCUAACAUUGGAAAAGUGGCAAGGGAAGUAUGCUUUUAUUGGAGGGAUUUUAAUUGCUAGUGAAACAUGCCCUAUUUUUGUUCCUUAUUAUAAGACUUUGGUGGCUGAAAGCAAGAAGGAUAGUAACAACAUGAUUUUGGCCAUCGCGAUCAUCAAAGCCUUUAAAAAGGGCAGUGAAGUAUUUCUGGCAAUAGCAAUAGGUGAGGAUUCUGGACAUAGUAUGCAAGCAUCGAAUGUCAUUUCUAGAGUAUUAAAGGAAUAUGAAGAUGUUAUACCACCUGAUUUGCCGAAGAAGCUUCCAUCAAGAAGGGUUGUUGAUCACCGAAUUGACCUUGUGCUUGGGGUGACACUACCGUCGCAACCCCUAUAUCAUAUGUCUCCUAGAGAUUUUGAUGAAUUGAGAAGACAACUAAAGGAAUUGAUAGACACCGGAUUAUCAUGCACUAAACAAGGUGACGAUAAAGAACAAGUAAAUGGUGCCGCUGGUGCAGGACUUGAUGGACAGCUGAGUGGGGCUUCUAUCUUCACGAAACUGGAUUUGAAGUCUGAUUAUUGGCAAGUUAGAACUGCCGAGAGGGAUGAGCACAAGAUGACUUGUGUGACAAGGUAUGAAUCAUAUGCAUUUUUUGUUAUGCCAUUUGGCUUAACCAAUGCUCCAGCUACGUUUUGUAACUUGAUGAACGAUGUGCUAUAUAAGUUUCUGGAUGACUUUGUUGUCGUGUAUUUAGAUGAUAUUGUAGUGUUUAGUAGAAUCAUAGAUGAUCAUGUGGUGCAUCUAUCUAAGUUUCUAUCUCGACUAAGGGAGCAUGAGUUAUUUGUCAAUAAGGAAAAAUAUGAGUUCGCAAGUGCUGAAAUUAUGUUCCUAGGACAUAUGGUAAGUAUGGACCAAGUGAGGAUGAAUCCGAAAAAGAUACAAGCCAUAUUGGAAUGGGCAGCCCCUAUGACGGCGUUUGAUUUACAAUCCUUUUUGGGAUUGGCAAACUACUAUCGUCGAUUUACUAAGGGUCAUUGCAAAGUAGCCGCCCCUCUUUCUGAUUUGUUGAAGAAGAAUUGGAAGUGA